UCUCUCUCUCUCAUCAUUUCUCUCUCUACUGCUCCUCAGGUCGACUACGGUCGGGUCGGGUGCCCCGUAUAAAAGCUUAUUGCGUCACCUUCAUUUAAUCUUUUCCUUUUCCUAAAUAUUUUUUUAUUGUCGAUAGCGAUUGUGGAAAAAAGGGGUUUUUGUUCAUUCUUUGUUUUAUAUUUCAUGACGAUUUUUUGGUUUGCUGAGCUGGGUUAGGGUUUGUUUGUUGGGAGAUAAUGCAUGUUAAGUUUGGAAGAUGAUUAUGUUGAGGUGUAAUUUGGGGGCAAUUAGGGUUAGGGUUUUGGAGAUUAUGAAGAAGAGGGUGCUGGUUAUAUAGUGUGAGGUUUGGUGUAGGUGAUGCUUAGAAUUAUAAUAUUUUUAUUAUUAUUAAUUUUUGGAGAUAAUUACAUAGGAUAAGUUAAGGGUUUUGUAUAAAAUAUGAAGCUUUCAACAUCAGGGUUGAGUCAGCAGCAGCAGCAGCAGCCUACUGAAGAAGAAAAGAAAUGCUUGAAUUCAGAGCUGUGGCAUGCCUGUGCUGGCCCGCUUGUUUCGCUACCGAUCGUCGGCAGUCGAGUGGUUUACUUCCCUCAGGGACAUAGUGAGCAGGUUGCUGCCACUACUAAUAAAGAAGUGGAUGCUCACAUACCGAAUUAUCCGAGCUUGCCUCCUCAGUUGAUCUGCCAGCUGCACAAUGUCACAAUGCAUGCGGAUGUUGAAACGGACGAGGUGUAUGCCCAAAUGACGUUGCAGCCGUUGACCCCGCAAGAACAAAAGGAUACAUUUCUUCCGGUUGAGCUGGGUACUCCAAGCAGACAGCCAACUAAUUACUUUUGCAAGACGUUAACCGCUAGUGAUACGAGUACCCACGGAGGAUUUUCGGUUCCUCGCCGUGCAGCAGAGAAAGUUUUCCCUCCAUUGGAUUUUACUCAGCAGCCACCUGCACAGGAGCUUAUCGCAAGGGAUCUCCAUGAUGUCGAAUGGAAGUUCAGACAUAUUUUUCGCGGGCAGCCCAAACGUCAUCUUCUUACUACGGGAUGGAGCGUUUUUGUUAGUGCAAAGAGACUUGUUGCCGGAGAUUCCGUGCUUUUUAUUUGGAAUGAAAAAAAUCAACUCCUUUUGGGGAUCCGUCGCGCGACCCGCCCGCAAACCGUGAUGCCGUCGUCUGUUCUUUCGAGCGAUAGCAUGCACAUCGGUCUUCUUGCUGCUGCUGCUCACGCAGCUGCUACAAAUAGUUGUUUCACGAUUUUCUAUAAUCCAAGGGCAAGUCCAUGCGAAUUUGUUAUUCCUUUAUCGAAAUAUGUCAAAGCGGUGUAUCAUACUCGUGUUUCUGUCGGGAUGCGUUUCCGGAUGCUUUUUGAAACUGAAGAAUCAAGUGUUCGGAGGUACAUGGGUACAAUAACGGGCAUCGGUGACUUGGAUCCCGUUCGCUGGCCCAAUUCUCAUUGGCGAUCUGUCAAGGUCGGUUGGGACGAAUCAACAGCCGGCGAGAGACAACCACGCGUAUCAUUAUGGGAAAUCGAACCGUUAACAACAUUUCCCAUGUAUCCGUCACUAUUUCCCCUUCGCCUAAAACGCCCUUGGUAUCCCGGUGCGUCUUCUUUUCAAGACAGCAGGGACGAUGCGGUUAACGGGAUGGCGUGGAUGAGAGGCGAAACGGGGGAACCGGGACUUCAUAAUAUGAAUUUUCAAUCGGUUGGAAUGUUUCCGUGGAUGCAACAAAGAAUGGACCCGUCGUUUCUUCAAAGUAAUCUUAAUCAACAGUAUCAAGCUGCGUUAGCUGCGAAUUUAGGAAGCGGCGAUGCGUUAAAACAGCAGUUAAUGCAGUUUCAACUGCAGCAACAGCAGCAGCCGAUUCAAUACUCUCAGCAGCAUUCGGUUUCGAGCACAUCGAACCCACUUUUUCAACAUGCGCAACAACCGAUUCAGCAGCUGAUUCCGCAACAAUUCAUGCAUGGUCAAAGUCAAAUACCGCAGCAAGUCAACAGUCAACCAGAGGAACAACAGCAGCAAGUCAACAGUCAACAGCAGCAGGUCAACAGUCAACAGCCGCCAAAUUUGUUCCCGGAGUCAUACCUAAUACAACACGAACAGCUCCAAACAAGACCGCAACCGAGUGUCCCGUCGCAUGCUUUUCAAAAAACGGAAUUCUUGGACCCGAGUGCUAAAUUUACUUCCGGUAUUACCCCUUCAGCCAUGCAGAACAUUUUGGGUUCGUUGAACGCUGAAGGAAGUAGCAACCUUUUGAGUUUCUCGAGAACCGAACAUCAACCAAAUGAGCAAUCAUGGGUGUCAAGGUUUGCUCAACCACAAGCCAAUGUGUCUACAGGCGCACCAUCAGUUUUAUCGUACCCCAAGAAAACCAGCGGUGCGGAACACGAAACUUCAAAUUUGGAUGCACCAAAUCAGGGUUUAUUCGGUGGGACUAAUAUCGAUUCAACCGGACUUCUACUUCCCGCUACUGUGUCAAACAUUGGUACUACAUCACCGGAAACCGACUUAACCGCCACCUUGCCUUCAGGGGCUUCGGGAUUUCAGAAUGCUAAUUAUUUUGGCUACAUGCAAGACUCUUCUGAGUUGUUGCAGCAUACGGGACAAAUUGACCCACCGAACCCUAACCGUACAUUCGUCAAGGUUUACAAAUCAGGUUCGGUAGGGAGAUCGUUAGACAUCACGCGGUUCAACAGCUACCCUGAGCUGAAAGAAGAACUGGGUCAGAUGUUUAAUAUUGAGGGGUUGCUUGAAGACCCUCAAAGAUCAGGCUGGCAGCUUGUAUUCGUCGACAGGGAGAAUGACGUACUUCUCCUUGGAGACGGACCCUGGGAGGCAUUUGUAAAUAGUGUCUGGUAUAUCAAGAUACUUUCUCCCGAAGAUGUGCAAAAACUCGGGAAGCAAGAGUUGGAAAGCUUUAGCCAAAACUCGGGUGAGAGAAUCGGAAACGAUGGUAGAGACCACUUAUCGGGACUUCCUCCAUCAAUGGGUUCACUUGAUUUUUGAGAAUAAUCAACUCUUUGUGAGAAGUUGUGGGUCCCUUUUUUGUUGUUGUCGUUGUUGCUUUUGGUCAGUUUUGACCGGUCUUUAUGACGUGCUACUUUGUAUCGUAUAUGAGUCGUCUAUGAUCACAUUUAGCUGUAUUGUGGUAAUUUGUUUAGUAAAUGUUAGACAAGAUUGAAAACUUUAGAACAUAUUUGGAGCCAAUGAUGAUUCUACCUCUGCAUUAUUUUAUUUGUAGUAGAUGACAUUUUGUGCCUGG